AUGACUACCAACGAAGAAAACGAUAGUUCAUCUUCGCAGUUAGAUAUUGACAAGGGAAAGGAUGAGCAGUUAGAAUUCUCCGUUCCUUCAAAUAUUGAUGACGAAAUUAUUGCACGUUUCAUAGGUGCCUCUGACCAGGUCAAAGAAGGUGAAAAGGAUGAGAAAGAGAUGGGAUUCAAGAAGGCUUUCUCUACAUAUCCUAAAUCAGCUAUCUGGUCUGUUGUCAUCUCUAGUGGUAUUAUUAUGGAGGGAUAUGAUACAUGCUUAUCAAUGAUCGCUCUUCCGAUAUUUUGUGAGCGGUUUGGUGUUUGGAAUCCUAAGUCACAAGUGUGGGAAAUUCCAGCAAAAUGGCAAUCUGCAAUGGGAAUGUGUGCCAACGUUGGAGAAAUUAUAGGUUUGCAAAUUGCUGGUACUGUUGCAGACAGGUUCGGUUAUCGUUACACUUUAAUUGGUUCAUUAUUUUCUCUAGCUGUUUUUAUAUUCUUGAUCUUCUUUGCAAAGUCACUUGGUAUGAUCUGUGCUGGUCAAAUUCUUUGUGGAAUUCCUUGGGGAUUCUUCCAGACUUUGGCUGUUUCCUAUGCUUCUGAAGUUUGUCCUAUGACAAUGAGAUUCUAUCUUACCAGUUAUGUUAACGUUUGUUGGCUUCUUGGCCAGUUGUUUGGAUCUGGUAUCAUGAAGAAUUCACAGGAUAAUUUAGCACACUCUGAUAUGGGUUGGAGGCUUCCUUACGGACUCAUGUGGAUUUGGCCAGUUCCUAUUGCAAUAGCUAUUUUCUGUGCACCAGAGUCACCUUGGUGGCUUGUUAAGAAAAACAGAGUUUCUAAGGCAGCUCAUAGUCUUAGCAGACUUCUUACUAUCAAGGAUCCGGAUCAAAAAGAAAUAGUCAUUGACACCAUGUUAAAGAGAAUGAAAUUCACUAGUGAUAAAGAGGAAGCGGACGGGGAUAUUGGAUCCUAUCGGGAAUGUUUCAGCAAAAAGCAUAUCAGAAGAACCAGAAUUGCAAGUAUGGUUUGGAUUGGACAAAUGCUUACAGGCUGUGGUUUGAUGGGUUCAUCGACAUAUUUCUACGAAAAAGCUGGUCUCUCAACAUCAUACUCGUUUGAUUUCAGUAUCAUUCAGUACUGUAUCGGUAUUAUUGGUGCUAUUGUUUCAUGGUUUGUGUCAAACAAUCUUGGUCGUGCCACCCUUUAUAUCUGGGGCACAUUCUGCCAAGGUGUCUUAUUAUGGAUCAUGGGAAUAUUAGGAUUUGUUAAACAGACUAAUGCUGUCCGUUGGACAUGUGGUUCUAUAUUAUUGGUUCUUAGUUUCGUUUAUGAUUGUACUGUUGGACCCGUUACAUACUGUAUCGUUACAGAAAUUCCUUCAGGAAGAGUGAGAACCAAGACUGUUAUCAUCGCAAGAAAUCUUUACAAUCUCUUUGGUAUCUUUGAUGCAUUCAUGGUGCCUUACCAAUUAAACUCAACACAGUGGAACUGGGGUGCAAAAUCUGGCUUAUUCUGGGCUGCAUUUGCAACCAUUUGGUUUGUCUGGGGACUUUUCGAUUUGCCAGAGACCAAAGGCAGAACAUUUGCCGAUAUUGAUCAGUUAUUCGAGGAGAAAGUUUCUGCAAGGAAGUUCAAGAGCACCGUUGUCGAUCCAUUCAACAACGCUAAAAUGCUUCAGCAAUUCGAUAGGGAGAAACUUAACGAACUUGCCAAUAUCCGUGCCGAUCGUGAUAUUGAAGAUAGUAAGGUUGAUAUUGAGAAAGAAGGCGAUAAAUAA